AUGGCAAUACCAGAACAACAAGAACUAGAACAAAAUGAACUAAACACACAACAAGAACAAAACGCUUCAUUCUUGCUAGAUGCACUCUAUUGUGAAGAGGAGAAAUGGGAAGAUGAAUCAGAAGGAGAGGUUUUGCAGGAGAGUACUUUUGUGAACAACCCUUCUGAUGAUCCUUAUCCAAUUUCAUUGCUUGAACAAGAUUUUUUCUGGGAAGAUGAGGAACUUCUUUCACUCUUCUCUAAAGAACAAGAGCAACAAGCUUCUGUUAGUGUCAACAAUGUGGCAAACGAUCCUCUUCUUUCAAGGGCCCGUCAAGAAGCUGUGGAUUGGAUACUUAAGGUCAUUGCUCAUUAUGGGUUUUCAGCUCUCACAUCAAUCCUGGCUAUCAAUUAUCUUGAUAGGUUUCUUGUUAGCCCUUGUUAUCAAAAUGAUAGUAGGCCUUGGAUGAUCCAGAUUGUGGCUGUUACUUGUCUUUCUUUGGCUGCCAAAGUCGAAGAGAUUCAUGUUCCUCUUCUCUUAGACCUCCAAGUGGAGGACACAAAAUAUGUGUUUGAGGCCAAAACUAUCCAAAGAAUGGAGCUUUUAGUGCUUUCAACACUGAAAUGGAAGAUGCACCCAGUAACUCCACUUUCAUUUCUUGACCAUAUCAUUAGGAGGCUUGGAUUAAAGACUAAUGUUCAUUGGGAGUUUCUCAGGAGAUGUGAACAUCUCCUGCUCUCUGUUGUCUCUGAUUCAAGAUCUGUCAGUUAUCUUCCUUCUGUGUUAGCCACUGCUACUAUGAUGCAUGUUAUAGACCAAGUCGAGACCUUCAAUCCCAUUGACUACCAGAACCAGCUUCUUGGUGUUCUCCAAAUAACUAAGGAAAAAGUAAAUGGAUGUUAUGGUCUGAUUUUUGAGCUAUUAUCAAGGACCAAAGCCAAUGCCAAUAGCAAGUCUAAAAAGAGAAAGUUUGAGCCAAUGCCUAGCAGCCCUAGUGGUGUGAUUGAUGCUUUUUUCGGCUGUGACAGCUCAAAUGAUUCUUGGGCUCUGCAAGGGUCAUCAGUCUCUUCGUCGCCAGAACCUAUCUUUAAGAAGAGCAGAACCCAAGACCAAUGGGUCUUUGUGGACAUUGUUGGCAGCCCACGUUAA